CAAAAUUGUAGUUAAAAUAGACGAAGACAAAGACGGCUUUGUCACGGUGGAAGAGCUGAAAAACUGGAUUAAGUUUGCCCAAAAGCGCUGGAUUUACGAGGACGUAGAGCGGCAGUGGAAAGGCCACGACCUCAAUGAGGACGGCCUCAUUUCUUGGGACGAAUAUAAAAAUGCCACCUACGGCUACAUCUUAGACGACCCAGACCCCGACGACGGAUUUAAUUACAAACAGAUGAUGGUGCGCGACGAGCGGCGGUUCAAGAUGGCUGACAAGGAUGGAGACUUGACCGCCACCAAGGAAGAGUUCACCGCCUUCCUGCACCCCGAAGAGUACGACUACAUGAAAGACAUCGUUGUGCAGGAAACCAUGGAGGACAUCGACAAGAACGGGGACGGCUUCAUCGACCUGGAGGAGUACAUAGGUGACAUGUACAGCCACGACGGGGACGCCGACGAACCCGAGUGGGUGAAAACGGAGCGGGAGCAAUUCGUGGAGUUUCGGGACAAGAACCGUGACGGCAAAAUGGACAAGGAAGAAACCAAAGACUGGAUCCUCCCGUCGGAUUACGACCACGCCGAGGCGGAAGCGCGGCACCUCGUCUACGAGUCCGACCAGAACAAGGUCGUUUGGAGGCGCCUUGGCCAAAGCGCCUUCGUUAGGGCUAAUUAA